AUGGAAGACUACCGCGACGCCUCUUCUCACAUGGACCACGAUGACGAAGAUGCUGGUGUAGAUAAUGUGUCUGUCGCCAUGGCGUCGGCACACACGUCCGCGGAGCACGACGUUGAUAUCGACCUUGAAGGGGUGGAGGACUUCGCCCUUCCGGAAGACGUGGACCAUCGCCGCAACCGCCUCAGCACUCCCUCGCUUGAUCUGCACAUCGACCUCUCCGUCAUAGAGAAGUCCGAAGACGACAAGGUUCGCGAGACGAGGGGUCUGAUGGAGAGGAUGAGCGUGCUGGAAGACGAAGAUGGAACCAUGUGGUCUGCAUCUUCUUCUUCUUCUUCUUCUUCGAUCUCCAGCGCAGCGACCGAGGAGAGCGAUGUGUUCAGCCACAGCGGGCGUCGCACUCGGUCUCGCAGCCACGGCGGUGAGCAAACGUACCGCGACCGCAAGAGACCCAGGGAUGGCGCCGCAACGGUCACUGCCACACCGUCCAACAGCAGACACGAAACAGAAGAGGAGGAGGAGGAAGAGCACUCGCGCCACAGCCAUCCCAACCACAGGGACAGACAGCGCCACCGCGCGCCGCGCCGUCAAGAUCAUAAUUCGGCCCCGUCGACUGGCGAUGCUUCACGACAUUGCAAGCGAGCGCGGCGUGCCUCCAACCCGGAAGAGAAGAGGUCCAACAAGCAGCCAGCACGCCAGCGCGCAGCCAACCACAGGCCCCGGCGCAACAGGAACCGCCGACGUGGCGCCUCUCCUUCUCUGCGCGCCCACAGACUUGAUGCUGGUUCACAUGAGAGGGCCGAAGAGAGGAAGGUGGACCUGACGCCUUUGGACGCCCUCUUGGUCGGGCACCCGCCAACGGGCACCAGUUGGCGAGUUACGCGCUACCUGCCCGACGGCCUGGCCGACCAACACCAUCACCACCACCGCUAUCACCACCACCUGGAGGUGAAGCGUGUCACAUACGACGCCAAGGUGGCCGUGGGCAGGUAUAUCGACGACGUCGAGGCCGCGCUAUCCUCGCAGGCGCGUCCCGACAUGGUGGCCGCGGCCAUCUCCUCGGCGCUCAAGGUGUCGGCGGCACUUUCGGCCUCGCUGUCGGCCGUGCUCGACAGCGAAUCGGCCGACUCGCUCGUGCGCUGGCUCGAUGUCGUGGACCGCAUGGCGCACCGGCUCUACGGCCUCCUGGCCUCGCCUCACGCCGCGACGCUCUCUUCCAUGUGGAGGAAGGCGCGCCUCGCCUCUCGCGACGACCAAGCCGAGGGGGACGCCAAGAUCCUCUGCUCCGACGCCCACCUGCCCGCCUUUGGCUGUCUUGUCUCCCCGUUUGCCUUGGCCGACGCCAUCUCCAGGACCGCGAACGGCUGCUCCGAACUGGCCCUCCUCGUCGCCGACAGGGUGCUCUCCAUCGAGAGGGCCGCCGUCGCGUUCGGCUUGGUGCCGCCCUCGGAGGGCAACUACAGCGGGCGCCUGGAGCCCUUUGACAAGGUCUUUGCCCGCCAGGCGCGAGUCGGUCUCGAGUCUCUGGACACCGCCACGAGUGGACGGCUCGCUUCUCCCGUCGCCUAUCACUACGCCAGCACCUUGAGCGACGAUGACGAUGACGACGCGCCCAUCGACGACAUCCUGUCUUGCCGUGUCAUAGCCUCGCGACUUGCUCUCGUCGCCUGCCUGGCCUUCAAGUGCCCCGAACGCCGCAACAUCGACGGCGACAGGGCGACAUUCGCUCCCGCCAGCGUGGAGCUCAUCAACGCUUGGCUGUCGGCUGACUACCUGAAGGUCCUACCGCUCCCCAAGGGACGCCACGCCGACCGCGACACCGGAGCGUGGAUCGACCAUCCCCUCAUGGUGGCAGCAGUCGCCUGCCUUCGCGAGGCCCCGCAACGGACCUUGGAGCCAGCGCGCGCCGCCAUCGCCAACGUCGCUCUGUCUGCGCUGUCCAGGGCUUGCCGGGAGUGGGCCGAAUGCCGCGCGGGGUCUGAGGCUCAAGCCACAGAGCACCAUGCAGCCUAUCCAUUCCUGCACAAGACGGCACGGCACAUCCUGUGGCUGGUGCUCGACCACUUGCUCCCGGAACUACGCAACGCCAGCGCCAGCGGACGGGCACUCACCGAUUGCGCCAACGACACCAUCCGCAAGAUCAUUUGUGGAUCUGGUUGGCUGGCCGGUUCCACAACCAGCCAGGCCCCGCUCUUGGAACUCAUCAACGACUGGAAGGUCACUCGAGCGGUUGAACACGGGCAGGCACUGGCCGAAGAGACCACCAAGGCCUUCUUGCGAUUUCGUCGCGCCUGGGGAGUGGACUGGAUGGCUUCCAACGCUUAG